AUGAAACUGAGAUUCAAAAGAGGAAAAACUGUAGAGUUUGGAUCACAAGACAACAAUCCGAGAAAGCUCAAGUUCAAGAGAGGCAAAACCGUUACCGGAGAUGACACAACAUCACAAUCCGGUGGUCAAAAGACCAAAGGAACCAACUUUAGCAACGACAAGGAACAUCAACACAAACCCAAAUCGUUAAAAGUUGUUCUGAAACACCAAGAGACACAGAAGAAGAGAGAUUCAAGAGUGUUGUUGUUCAACAAUGUGAUUGAGGAAACAGCUAAUAAGCUCGUGAAGACUCGAAAGAGCAAAGUUAAGGCUUUAGUUGGUGCUUUUGAGUCUGUCAUAUCUCUCCAAGAAACAAAUACUUCUGCAACAACACAAAACGUUACAAAAAAAGCUAAUUCUAAGAACAAACUCUAA